AUGCCGUUCGGAAGCGGUGGAAAUAGUAAAAGUGAGUUUGAGAUGAACAAUAAUCGCCUCGUGUACUGUAACUUCAAUUUCAGAACAAACUACAUGUGAUCAUGAGAAGAAAUCGGAACGAGAAAAUUCGGCAAGGAAUGUGAAGGGUAAAAGUAAGAGGUACACAUUUUUUUAUUGAAAAAUCCAAAACCACUCUUGACUUUUGCAGUAAACUUUCCGUGUAUUCUUCUGACAAUAGUCAACGCCGUCAAUGUGAGUUCUAUUUGAGAAGUUAAAACAUAAUAAUUUCAGUGACGAAAAGCCAAAGAAGCGCCCGUACUUAUACACAAUCUCCAUCCGAACAAGGAAUCGAUAAUGAUGUGGUAUUCAUAAUGAAAAUUGGACAAUUUUUAUCGCAAAUAAUUGCAGACUCGUCUGGCCUACUCGAUUCUCGUAAAAGUGCUCGAGUGCGGAAAAGGAGGCGAAUACGGACUGAGUGUGCUCGUUUCGGUCGACGAUAUUCUCAAAUUCUUGGACAACACAAAGUAGAAUCGCCCUGUCUUCUGCACUGAAAAGCUAAUCGAUAAAUUGUUCAGGGCAAUUUUCAUGUCGCAACCGAGUAUGCUCGAAAUUGACGGUCCCAUCAAAAUUUGCGGAGAUAUUCACGGACAAUUUGGAGGUAGAUUUUCUCUAUUAUAGGGGCACCACCGCACAGAAAUGGCGCUCUGUUGAGAAACUCUUUUUGCAGUGCAAAUUGAGCGACCUCGGGGCCGAGUUUGAAAAGUUCGGGCCACAUUUUCAGUGGAAAAUUACUUCGCGGCCUAGAAAUUCGGCCAAAUUGCGAACAGCGCGCCCUUUCGGUCCGGUGCCCCUAUAAUGCACGACCCGAAUAUUUAAAAUCGACGAAUUUUGUGCAGACCUGUUGCGCCUGUUCGACAAAGUCGGCUUUCCGCACCGCACGAGCUACCUGUUCCUGGGCGAUUAUGUGGACCGCGGGCGGCACGGACUCGAGACGGUCCUGCUGCUGUUCGCCUACAAGAACCUCUUCCCGUUCCACAUGUUUCUGCUGCGUGGCAACCAUGAGUGUCCGGCGAUCAACCGUGUGUACGGGUUCUACGACGAGUGCUACCGCCGAUUCGCAAAGUCGGGAAUGCGCGUGUGGGAGGAGUUUCAGAACACGUUCGCCACGAUGCCGUUGACCGCGCUCGUCGGAGAGAAGAUUCUGUGCAUGCACGGCGGCAUCUCGCCCAAGGUGAGCAUUAUGUUGAGGUCUAAUAAAAAGUGGCAGACGUAAAACUUUGGGAUUGCCACCGUUUUGCGGGCCCCCAACUCAACUCUAUGUUUCAAUUGUGCCCAGCUGACAUCGCUGAACGUGUUGCGCAAUUUCCGUCGUCCCAACUACCAGCCGGACCACACCUCGAUCGAAAUCGACAUUUUGUGGAGUGAUCCGGCGGUGGGCACCAAGGGAUUCGCGCCCAAUCAGCGGGGCGUUUCCUACGUGUUCGGCGCGGAUGCACUCAAGAAGACACUCAACAAUAUCAACGUGGACCUCGUCGUGAGGGCUCAUCAGGCAAGUCUAAUUCGAAGGACAAACAACGGGGAGGGGAAGACUAGUUUUAUCUAUAGAAUUUUGAUUUGCUCGCAUUCUUCUCGCCGCUUGGUCAACCGUAACCGCCAAAAUUGCCGAUUUGGCUGGCAAAUCGACAUUUUGUCGGAAUCGAAUGAGAAAUUAGCGGGCUGAAAUAGCUUUUUCAGCCUUGGCGGUUACGAAAAAAUUUCGGAAAAAAAGUCAGAAAACAUCUCGAGCGUGUCUCUAAUUUGCUAUUUUCUUGAUAGGUCGUGCAAGACGGCUACGAGUUUUUCGGUCAAAAACGGCUCGUCACCGUAUUCUCGGCACCUUUCUACUGUGGACAAUUCGACAAUGCGGCCGCCGUCGUGGUCGUCUCCGAGGAUUUGGUCUGCUCUUUUAUUGUACGUUUUUUUUAAAAACAUAUUUUGGGCCACAAUAAGAAGCAAUGUGUGUUGCAGCGUCUCCGCCCGAAGAAAUACGCACAAAAGGACCGUCUGGGGUAUACGAAAAAUAAUUGA